ACAACAUCUGUCACACUGUUUAUAAAGAUAUAAAAGAAGGUAAAGGUAUGAGGAAAUUCUUGGAAGUUUUCUUGGAAGUCCUUGACGGGCAAUACUAACACUUGUUUCCUUGAAAUGUGAUAAAUACGUAUGUACUUAUUACUGUUAAAGUAAUUUCUGUAAAAGUAUCUUUAAUGGUUGAUUUUAUAUCUAAGUGACAAGUUCGUUCGGUUAAUUGACGUAAAAAAGCGAAAGAAUAUUUCAGUUCGAAAAUGUGAAUGUUUCGACCGCAUGGUCAACCGGUUCCAUGUAAUAGUGUCAAGUAGAUCAAGAAAAAGGUCAGUGUCACGAAUAUCCGAUCUGACACGAAUGCGGGGGCAGAUGCUUACAUAAUAAUUUCCCAUUAAAACCAUGCUUUACUAUCGCGAUAAAUCUUGAAAAUUUCGAACAGGAAAAUUUUGCUUAUUUAGAAUUCACGGAUUAUUUAAAAACAUUGCGUAAUAUGCUGGACAAUCAAUCGCGUUCAGCCACUCAUGACGAAGUUUACAGUCAAAUGUUGAUUUACGUUUGGUUACGCAGUGAAACGAUAAUUAUUUUUUCUAGGAAGCCUUGAAACGCUUGCCUUAAUUUCAAUGAUUGCAGAUAGAUUGCGAAACCAUCCAAUUAUUAUUCGUUAGACCGUGAACUUCUCCGGAUUUCUAUAGCCUCUUCAAAUCGAAUAUUUCCCUGAAUAUCAAAUGUAUUUUUUUAUCAAGAACUUUCAACACAGCAAUGUGGAGAAUACUAUGGAUACUGGCUGUGUCCAGCUUUUCUUUGGUUGUAUCAGCUCCCCAAGCAGAUGGUGGAUUGAAUUCCUUGAUAGACAGCCUAUCUGAGACAAAUUCUUCAACUCAGAUCCCUGUUACGGGCGCUGAGUGGAAUGCUUUAAUAUCGGAAAUAUUUACUCAACAACCAGCCUCCACUACAGCGGCGACUAUUUUGGGUACAGAUAACAAGCCAAAACAACCACCAGAAGACUGUACAUGCGUGCCGUAUUAUCUAUGUCGAAACGGCACCAUUUCAGACAACGGAGAAACACUCAUUGAUAUCAGGUCCGGUUUUGAUGAUGAGACUAGCUAUAUGGGAGCCUCAUGGAGUAAGUGCGCGAAUUACCUGGACGUCUGUUGUAAGCCACCAGAUAGGACUAAUGGCAACGAAGUAAUUACGCCCCCGCCAAUCGAGAGAAAAGGUUGCGGGCAAAGACACCCCAACGGCGUUGGUUUCAGAAUUACCGGCGACAAAGAUAAUGAAGCGCAAUUUGGCGAGUUCCCGUGGAUGGUGGCUAUACUGAAGGAAGAAAUGAUCGGAAAUCAGAAAGUGAACCUUUAUCAAUGCGGAGGUUCCUUGAUUCACAAGCUGGCUGUUUUAACAGCCGCUCACUGUGUGCAAGGAAAACAACCAUCUGAGUUGAAAAUUCGUGCUGGAGAAUGGGACACGCAAACUAAGGACGAAAUAUAUCCUCAUCAAGAUCGUACAAUAGAAAAAGUAAUCGUUCACCAAAAUUAUAAAUCCGGCACUCUAUUUUAUGAUUUCGCCAUUUUGAUCUUGUCUGAGCCGGUGAAUCUCGUGGACAACGUGGAUCUCGUUUGCCUGCCAGAACGAAAUGCUGUGUUCGAUAAUUCUCGAUGUUUAGCUAGUGGCUGGGGAAGAGACAUCUUUGGUAAGGAGGGACACUACCAGGUAAUCUUGAAGAAAGUAGAAUUGCCGACAGUGCCUCAUAGUGAAUGUCAGGACAAGCUUCGAGAAACUAGACUAGGAAAAUACUUCCGUCUUCACGAAACCUUUAUGUGCGCUGGUGGAGAGCCUGGCAAAGAUACUUGCAAAGGUGAUGGAGGAGGUCCUCUUGUAUGCCCCAUGAAGAGUAAUCCUAGUACAUAUUUGCAAGCAGGUAUUGUAGCAUGGGGAAUCGGUUGUGCGGAAGGUGGAACUCCAGGUGUUUAUGCCAAUGUUGCCUCAGCGCGUGAUUGGAUCGAUGAACAAAUGGCUUUUAACAAUUUGGAUAAUACCGUUUACCUACCUCAAGCAUAGACUGACUGAUUUUUGCAAAUCGUUUUACAAGUUUGUACACAUAGCAAUCAAUGUCGUUUUUCCAUGGAAAGACUGCUAUAUUCUUUGAGUGCUAUUUUUUUUAAUAAUAAUGUGCGUGAGAUCCGUUAGUGGAUUUUUUUUUCAGAAAAAUAUUCCUUCGAUACUUAGGUAUUUUUUUUACAAUUUUAAAUAGCUCUGGCAUUACUUUCUUGGCUAGACCUUUCCUCUUCCUCUUUGUAUUGUAAAAUUAAACGUGAAAAGUAAAAGUAAAUACCUAACGGGAAAUAACAGUUUCUAUAAAGUUAAAGCUAACGAUUGAAUAUAAUUUUUAUGUCGAAUAACCAAUCUGUCAAAUAUCUCCACAGUUAAAAAGUAUGGAGAUAAAAAAAAUGUUAAAUAAUGGUGAUCAUAAAAUUAUAUUUGGUCGUAGACUUUGUCACGUAAAAUUCGUGAUAAAAAAGGAAGAGCUGAGCAAUAGCUUAACUUGACUGUUCUUUUAUAUUUUUAUAUGCUUUCAUCCACAAAAGUGGUUAAGUACAAUAUUAUAACGAAGUAGCGAAGUUGCAAAAUAUUAAAAUAGUUGUUCAAAUCGCGGCCAAGACUGUACCCAAGACAAGUCUCGUGAUCGAAUGCUCGCAGUUUUAUAUGUUGAGUUUGUCGAAGUUGAGGAGCAUGAAGAAGAUUUUGAGUGCCCUACGUGAUGGGGAAAAUUUGGUGUUGAGCCCUGUGCAAAGGUAAGGUAGAAGUCUAAAGAUUCAUUGCCAGGUAGUGUGGAAUGAUGUGGAUUUGGAUAUGGUCGCUGUUGCAACUUCUACAAGGUGCACUUAACACGUGUUUGGCAAAUGAAAUAGCUUAUGAGCACACCAUUCCAUUGAUUCUCUUCAGAUACGCUGUAGAGACAGGCCAAUGUAUUGUGUUUCAGACCCUUAAGCGUAUUUUAGAGAGGUAUGCCUGCUUUUCAGGAAAAAUAUCGUGAACGAUCUUUCGUUGAGUUUGGUUACACGUACUAGAAACGUCCACAAUUGCCUUUUUUUAUUGAAAUGCAACUUUCCAAUCAGUGGUUGACAUAAUAAUUCGUUUACACGGCUCUCGCGCGGCGGGGUCUUAUUUCAAGAAUUUUUGUAUAUAUACAUGUAUGUAAACGCAGAAAGUCGCAUAAAUUUUAAGCGUUUCAUUUGUAAUACAUGGAUUGAAAUACAUUGUGUGCAGUUAGUAUGAAA